CAGCUUCACUCCAGCACGAGCACUUGUCUACACGUUUUUGCACACUCAUAAUACUCUGCGCCACCCUCAUCUUUAUUAUAUACAAUGUCUGCUCUUCAGAUGACGCCUUCCAAGCAGGCGGCAGCAGCAAUUGACACACUCAAGAUGGCCGACUCACCCGCAAAGAAGAUCGACUUCUCAUCAGCGGACAAGGAGAACGUUUUCAGGCCCAUCGUCGGCAUUCCAGACCUUCCUGAGGAGGAGCCUGUAGCAAAGACUGGUGUCGCGCCCACAAUCAAGGAGGAGGAGGCACAUGAGCCUCUGCUCCAAGAGAACCCCAACCGCUUCGUUCUUUUCCCCAUUAAGUACCACGAUGUCUGGCAAAUGUACAAGAAAGCCGAAGCUUCUUUCUGGACCGCAGAAGAGAUUGAUCUGUCCAAGGAUCUCCACGACUGGAACAAGCGCCUCAACGACGACGAGCGCUUCUUCAUCUCCCAUGUUCUCGCUUUCUUCGCCGCCUCCGAUGGCAUUGUCAAUGAGAAUCUUGUCGACGAGCGCUUCUCCAGCGAGGUCCAAAUACCAGAGGCACGAUGCUUCUACGGCUUCCAGAUCAUGAUGGAGAACAUCCACUCGGAGACAUACUCCCUCCUCAUUGACACAUACAUCAGCGAGCCAAGGCAGCGCACAUACCUCUUCAACGCCAUUGACAACAUUCCAUGCAUCCGCAAGAAGGCAGACUGGGCUCUCAAAUGGAUCUCAGACAAGAACUCGACCUUUGCCAACCGUCUUGUCGCCUUUGCUGCCGUCGAGGGUAUCUUCUUCAGCGGCUCCUUCGCGUCCAUCUUCUGGUUGAAGAAGCGUGGUCUCAUGCCCGGUCUUACCUUCUCCAACGAGCUUAUCUCCCGUGACGAGGGCAUGCACACCGACUUUGCUUGCCUGCUAUUCUCCCUUCUCAACACUCGUCCCAGCAAGGAUGCUGUCAAGGCCAUCAUAACCGAGGCCGUUGAGAUUGAGCAGGAGUUCCUCACUGAGGCUCUCCCUUGCGCUCUGCUUGGCAUGAACUCCACUCUCAUGUGCCAGUACAUCGAGUUUGUUGCUGACCGCCUGCUGUUGGCUCUUGGCAACACCAAGGUCUACAACGCCACCAAUCCCUUCGACUUCAUGGAAAACAUCUCGCUCGCAGGCAAGACCAACUUCUUCGAGAAGCGCGUCGGCGAUUACCAGAAGGCUGGUGUCAUGGCCAGCACCGCUAAGCACCAAGCCAAGGAGGAUGGCGUCGAGCCAGCCGAAGCACAAGGCCAGUCUGGUGACUUCUGCUUCGAGGAAGACUUCUAGACUCGUCGCCUUGGCCUCUCUCUUGCUUUGCUUUUUUCCUACCAUUUACACAUGAUCUCGUCGCUGUAUACCCCCGGUCUAAAGGGGUCUCUUGGGUCUUAUUGGGGUGUCCCACAUACGUUCUUCCACUCCUGCCUGCAUUGAUCGGAGUCUGCGCACCUCGCGGUGCCUCUUCGACACCUCACACUUUUUCUGGCGUCUACGGGCGUUUUCUCGGGUGGAUCACUGUGCGUUUUUUGAAUGACUGCAUGCGGUUGGAUAUGGAUUGGGAUAGGGUUAAUAGACCCCCAAGAAUAGCUUUAUUGAUUGCAAUGAAAUACACCACUUUCUAAAAGUAUCAU